GUCAAGUGGGCAGCAAAAGACCAGGAUAUCGCCAAGAUACUACGGGACCUAUAGAUGCAUAGGACUUCGCUGAAUCUAUUGCUGGCAGUUUAUACAUGUGCAUCAACUCAGCAACUGUAAAGCGACAUGGACGAACUGACGCAGUUCAUGGCGACACUCAAGCAGACGAUUCCGGACCUAACGGAGCUCAUCACAGCAGCCACUUCCUCUGCGAGCAACGCCAUUGAGACCAAAGUCAGCACUGGCUGGACACCGCUUCACCGGGCGGCCUGGUGUGCUCAUACGGAUACAGUGCAACUACUGCUCGACCGCGGAGCCGAAAUCGACGCUAAGGACAGCAUUGGCUGGACGGCGCUUUACCGGGCGGCCUGGAAAGGGCACACGGAUACACUGCAACUACUGCUCGACCGCGGCACCAAAAUCGAGGCCAAGGCGACGCACGGCCGGACGCCGUUUCACCUGUCGGUGCAGAAUGGAAACGAAGCUUCGGUGCAGCUGCUGCUCGGCCGGCGUGCUGACGUCGAGGCCAAAGAUCGAAACGGUAGGACGCCGCGACAACUGGUCGUGCAGAAACGCUACGAGCACGUUGCACGUCGGCUCUUUUAUCGAGAGGCCGCAGACGCGGCCGAGCGCAAUAAUCCCGAAAUCCCCCCAGCCAGUGCGGGAAAUAGCCCAGCACAAUCAAAGCCGGGCCGCAGCCCGGCGCGUGUAGCCCAGCUUUGAGCAGCCCGGGCUGGUGGGCCGUCGUUUCACUGCUAGUAGUUAUCGUCGAGGAUGAUCCAGCAAGGCCACCUCCUGUACGUAUCCCAACGACAACCGCAACAGAAUCACCUCACACAUCACCCUCAAAGAGAUA